UCUCGCAGAGACUCAUCAGAGGGUAAUCUGUGUGCGGUGACACCGGAACCAGCUGGGGAGAAGAAGUCACACCUGGACUCGUUGAAGGAGUGGGGACUGCGCUUACUUCGGCCGAGUGAUGCGAGUGCUGUGGUGCGGCUGCGAGAGAGAUCAGCAACGCGCUCACAACGCAAGUGGGAUAGGGAAGAGCCAACUCCGCACUCAAGCAGCGGGAAUUGGAGUGCUUCCUCAGAGAGCGGGUCUACUGCUACUAGCCACCACCCCAGGUCAAGCAUAAGCAGUGGGAGCACAUGUCAGAAACACGGACGGCGACCAGUGAUGGCGUCCACAUCAUCGUCAGUAACCAGCGAGAGCACCUUGACCCCAGACGAUGGGGAGACCUGCUCCAUGUAUUCCUGUGACACAGAAGGUUAUUACACCUCCUUCCACCUGGACAGUGGGCUCAAAACCCUACGAGAGGAGGAGCCCUUGCCAGCCCUACACACCACCUCGGCCCUGUCCGGCAGUCGUGGCAACACUUCCACUCUCACUGCGGACUCUGAGUAUGAGCUGUUCGGCAAGGGCUCUACCUCCACCACAGCCAGUUCUGCUGGUACAGUCUGCACCACUUUGCUACUACCACCGGCGCCCAGUGUUCCCGAACGUGUCAAUAGUCAGUUGUCCUCGUCAUUACCAGAACGUGGUGUCAAGGCCCUGCACAGCCUCAGUGUGAAAGAUCCCAAUCUCAAUAAAGAAACCUCAAGCCUGAAAAUAGAGAAAAAGACUGGUAUGAAGGUGGACAUGAAAAAGUUGUAUGAGCAGAAAUCAAACCUGACAAAAGAGAAUGUUGCGAGAUUGAAAGAGGUGGAAGAGAAGAAAGCGAUGAUAACAGUGGAAGUGCAUCAUAGCGGAGAUGGAGCGUUAGGACCAGAGAAAUGCGGAGACUCUCCUGAUUCUGGACACAAUACUUGCAGUUCACCAGUAGACUCAAUUACUAGUCCAUCAAUUGAUCUGGAAAUGUCUGAAUGUUCUGAUUUGGAAGGAAUUGACAGAGUGGAGAGAAUAAGAGUAAAAACAACAAUAAACUCAAGCAGAAUACCCUCAAUGUGCGUGAUAACCCCACCGGUCAGUGACGAUGAGAUGAGCCUACACACUCUUAGAGGACCAGUAGAUAUGGGAGAUUACGUUACAAUCGCAGAUGUUAAGAGUCCCGCUACUAUUUCUCCUAUACUGACGAGAGAAACUGAAUACGUGUCCUUGAAUGAUCUCCCUCCUAACGAUUCGCUUGAAAGGAAAAGAAGACAAGGAGCAAGAGUUACUUUAGAUUCUGAAGGUAAAGUUGUAUACUCUUCUGACAGUUUAAGGAGAAGGAAAGCAAUUCACACGACACAAACGUUUGAACCAGGACCGAAUGUUGCUACAUUGUCAAGCCCAGUUAUGCCGAGGAUAGCAAAUAUCAGGCCAGUAGUCAGCAAUGGAAGUCCUCGUCUAGGUGGGCGGUCACAUUCACCUUCCUCAACACAGAUAACUACCCCUACAUCAACGUUAACAAGACAAUCCCAGACACAGAAAGUUUCUAAUGGCAAUGCUCAACAGCAAAGUGAACCCGAAACAUUUUCUAGUCACACAGACUCGAGUAGAAAACCCCUCUCUCCAGUCUCAUCAAACCGACCGAUGUCACCAUUGGUUUCCUCUACAAAUCAAAGAAACUCCUUAACUAAAAGUAAAAGCCAACAGUAUUUUCCAAAGUCUGCCUAUGGUAGAGUUUCCCCUGGUCCUCCAUCUAAACCUAUUUCUCCUUUGGUAUCACCAACCAAUCAGAAAUCUCCUAAUGGCCGUGACGGUUCAAGACCUCUGUCUCCUACCACAGUGUACCCCAGCCACCGAUCUAUGUCCCCGAAGAUGGUUGUGAGAGCCAAGCAAGUGGCGAAAGCCGUUAGUCCAACACCUCAGAGAGGAGCUUAUGUAAGGGUUCAAGAAGUGCAGGAUGGCAACGAAGAUGACUUGAAGAAUGUGGUGAAGAGGAGUGAUAGUUACCGUAUGGCAAAUGAUGAAACUAAACCAUUCAACCCUAACUCACUGAGUCGCAAACAACAAGGUAUCGCCGUUGUGGCUGGACCCAGCUUGCUCACGGCCAUUCAGACUGCUCGACCUGGCAAAGAUAACGGUUUGCCAAAGCAGAAAGUGACAAGUCCUGCAGCUCCAGUUUCCUCCACACGGCUCAGCUCUACUCCUACCAAAGAUAACAAUGCCAAUCUGGACUUCAGUACCAAUUUGUCACCGAUACAUCCCAGAGCAUCCACACCCACAUCUCGCACUGCAAUGGACCUCUAUGCAAUCAUUCACGAGUCAAAGAAGAAAAUCAUGAAACUCCGAGAGAGAAAAUACAACAAAGUCAACCUGCCAAUAAGUGAAAAUGUCCUGAAGAUGAAUUCAAAUGCCAGAAGCUCACCUUCUGAGAUAGCCCCUACUCCUGAAAGAAUUCAGAAUGUUCAGAAAAAUUUAAGAGAUUCUCCUUGUUCUGCCAUUUCUACUCCGGAAAGAAUUUUUACUGACAGAGUUGCAAAGACUGCUCCUGGGUCUGGCAAUUCUACUCCUGAAAGAAUGCUUGUUGAGAAAAAUUUAAGAAACUCUCCUUGUUCUCUUAAUUCUAAUCUUGAAAGGGUUUUUACAGAGAGAAUUGCAAGGACUGCUCCUGGGUCUGGUAGUUCUACUCCUGAAAGAAAUUUCAGAGUAAUUUCUGAAGGACCCAACUGGCCUAAGGCCAUUCCUGCCUCGCAUGUUCCUAAUCUUAGAAGUUCUCCUUCACCAACUUAUGAUUAUUUAAAUUUAAGUCCUUCUGGACACUACCAGAAGAAUAGAUCUCCUUCUCCUUUACUGGAUAACCAAUACCCUUCCUAUCCUGACUACAGGUCAUUACCUAGGAUGGGACGGGACAGUCCGAAGAACUGUUCAACUAAUUUCUUGCCACAAAGUCCUGCCAGACAACAUGUCUUUGCACCAAGAGAAUCGUUAACAUGGGAUCGAAGGAUGCACUCUCCACAACAUUCCUCAUUUGCCUCUGAUCGACACGGGAGAACUCAGCCCACAUCUCGAAAUGACUUCAAGCAGCUGCUUCUUCGAGCGAAUUGGGGGACGGCAACCUCCACUGGUUCUGCAGUUGAGAGACUGAAAAACAGGACAUCUCCAAUAAAAAAUAAAUCCUGGAAAUCAGAUAUUCUCUCUUCAACAAUCCCUGAAGAUUGUCGAGAAGACGAUGAACAAUCUGAUCGAAAAACCCCAGACAGAAAUUCUGGAACGUACACUGAAGGGGUUCCUAAAUCAAGUGCCUUAGUCAGCCAGCAAUGUAAAAUGUUUGACAACAACAGAGUAAGUCCUACAGAAAAGAACAGAAAUAGCCCAACGCUGGAAACAGCACUAUGAAUAUAAUGGUAUUAGUUUAUUUUAGAAUUGAAAGUUGAAAAUUGAUAUUAUCUCCUAGACUGUAGAGAGCUAUAAAUAUUGAUAAAAAGCAAUAAUGCAAAAUACAAAUAUACUAUGUAAUAUUAGGACUGGGACAUGUUUGAUUCUCUUUCACGCUUUUUUCUAAAAGUCACAGAAUGAGACUGUAGUGAUAUAUUGUGUGGUAUUUAUUACUAGAAAAAUAAACCAUAAUAGGAAAUAGUUCCGUAAGUUGUUUUACAGUAGUUUAUUUUCUUGCCACUUGGUUUUGGGCUUUCAUUUCUGCUGCAUCCUUAUCUUUCCCUGAAAGCUAUAAUGGAUUGUGGCUUGUAGUCCAUCAUAAAUUUGCUUAUUGACUCUAAGUAGAUCUUAGAUCGUUACAGCAUAAAUUUGAUCUGCAUUUAUUUUAUAUCAUAAAAAGUUAAUGUUUGUAGAACCAAUAUUUUAAAUCAAGAAACAAUCUGUUGGUUAUUGUGAUGUAUAUAUUUCUCUAGAAAUUCCUUAAUGAUCUCCCUAAGGAAAAAUAAGUUUGUGCAUUUUUUCUGACGUUAAAGUCACUAAAGGUCAGAUAUACCUCAAUCAUCAUUCCAGCAUUUCAAAUCAUAUGU